UAUGCACACAACGAGUUUCCCUUCAGAUUAAACCGGAGUUAAUGUCGGAGAGGUUUGUUGGGGACACACAGCGCAGGUGAAAUUUAAAACCCUGGUACUUGGUUGUCUGAAGAUUUUUAGUCCUGCGCAACUUUACGCAGCAAGUUCAGAAACUUUUUCAUUUAAGAAGAGACAUUUUUGUGUGCUUAAUAGUGAGCCGUGUUUGCACUAAGUGGAAGGAGACUUUUUGCAGGACUUCUUCUUUGUAGCUCCCUGCUGCUGAUCAGCCAUUGUGGACGUCGGAAGGGGGCAAGGUCUAGUUUAUAUGCCCGCUGGCUACAGUGUGAGCUGCAUGCAUGAAAGGAGCUGCUGUAUGAGCCAUGAGGCUGCUGGGCCGGGACAUAUCGGACUGCCUGCAACCGGGAUUGGAUUAAUACCAUCUUGAUUCAAGUGGGGGGGGUUUUCCGACGGUUUGUAAAUGCACCUUUAUUUGCGCAACACAGUUGGUGGCAUGUUGCAAUUCCAAAAAUGAGCAGAUAGCUGACUUUGUUGCGGAGCUCAGAAGAGAAUAAGACCGACAGCACUUUGUCCUGUAUCCCUGCCGGCCGGAGGAAAGUUGUUUGGCUGUUUUCUGUCACCGCAUCUUCCAUGAAGAUGAUGAAGAUGGCAUCCAAACAACCGUGGACUCAGAUCAUUAUCACAUUAUCGUCCUUAUUGUCCCUGAUCCUGUGCAGCACGGCCACAGAUGUCCCAGAGGAAGAAGGCGUCAAUGCUGAGGCAUGGCUUCGUAAGUUUGGCUACCUGUCACAGGCAAGCAGUCAGAUGUCCACCAUGCAGUCGGCUCAGAUCCUGUCCAAAGCAAUCAGCGACAUGCAGCGCUUCUAUGGCCUCGAGGUGACCGGAGAGAUGGAUCCUGCUACUGUUGUGGCCAUGCGUCGGCCUCGCUGCGGCCUUCCAGACAGAAAAGCGGAUGAGUUGGAUGAAGGAGCAAGGAAGAAACGCUACGCUCUCACUGGACAGCACUGGGGCAAAGAUCACAUCACUUACAGUAUAAUGAACCAACACAUCCCCUCUUCGCUGGGCGAAGAGCAGACAUACAAUGCUAUCCGUAAGGCCUUUGACACGUGGCGACGGGUCACGCCGCUCACCUUUGAGGAGUUACCUGCUGAAAACAACAUCAGCACCAACAGCAGCCAGGCAGAGCUCGCUGACAUCCUGUUGUUGUUUGCCUCUGGUUUCCACGGUGACAUGUCAUUGUUUGAUGGCGAGGGAGGGUCACUGGCUCACGCCUACUAUCCUGGACCAGGGAUAGGUGGGGAUACACACUUUGAUGCUGAUGAGCCUUGGACACUGGACAACCAAAACCCUGAAGGUAUAGACCUCUUCCUGGUUGCAGUCCAUGAGCUUGGUCAUGCUUUGGGUAUGGAGCACUCAGAUAACCCCAGUGCCAUAAUGGCGCCUUUCUACCAGUGGAUUCACACACACAAUUUCACGCUACAUGAGGACGACAUCAAAGGAAUACAGUACAUAUAUGGUCCCCCUCUCCCCACUAAUGCUCCACCCACUUCUCCUCCUGCCCCUGACGACGAGCCCCAUGAUGACUCCCCCAUCUCCCCACCCGAAGAUGAACCCACCUCUUCUCCCACCGACCCCCCACCUGAAUCACCCGACCCGACCGGCAGCAGCCCACGACCCCCAGCCCAGCCAGAGACAAGCCCCACGCCUACCUCACCUCCUGUCCUCCCCACUACCACCACCACUACCACCGUCUCCCAGCCUGAGCCAGAACCUGUCACCCCGCACGUUAGAAAGGAUGCCCCCCCUCCUCCCCCACCUACUCGGCCCCCUGCUCCUCCCCGACCCCCAAAGGUGCCAGGCAACCAGCCCCCCAAUAUCUGUGAUGGGGACUUUGACACGGUGACCAUGCUGAGGGGGGAGAUGUUUGUUUUCAAGGGCCGCUGGUUCUGGCGUGUGAGAAGGAACCGUGUCUUAGAUAACUACCCCAUGCCGAUAUCUGUCUUCUGGAUCGGCCUGCCUAGCGACAUCGACGCAGCCUACGAGCGCCACGAUGGCAAGUUUGUCUUCUUUAAAGAUGAUAGAUACUGGGUGUUCAGGGAGGCUGACGUGCUGCCAGGAUACCCGCAACCCUUACAUGAGUACGGACGAGGAGUUCCUGCACACAAGAUUGACACAGCGAUCUGGUGGGAGCCCAAUGGAUACACAUACUUCUUCAGUGGGGACAGAUACUGGCGAUACAAUGAGGAGACCCGGUCUACAGAUCGCGACUUCCCCAAGCCAAACAGCAGAUGGGGCAACAUCCCUAACUCACCUAAGGGAGCCUUCCUCAGCGAUGAUGGCGCUUACACCUAUUUCUACAAAGGCACCAAUUACUGGAGGUUUGACAACCGCAAGACAGAAGCAGAGAAAGGCUACCCUCGCUCCAUCCUGAGGGACUUCAUGGGCUGUAUGGAAGCCCGUCACCCAAAGCCUGACACAGACACUGAGCAGGGACCAAGAGAGAAACCAAUCAACCCUUCAGACCGAGGCAAAGAUGAGCACAAAGAGCCGGACAGGGGACGGGACAAAGACACGAAUGCAGAGGAAGACCAAACCUCUAAGCCCGAUGGCACGGAGGAGGAGGAGGAGGACAAAGAGGUGAAUGUGGUCGUGACGGUGGCCGACAAUGAAUCAAAGGUCAUGACCCUGGUGAUGGUGAUUGUUCCUCUGGUCCUCAUCCUGUGCAUCCUCAUCCUAAUCUACGCCAUCCUCAGGACUCUACAGAACAAAGAGCCACCAAGGGCCUUGGUGCACUGCAAACGUUCGUUGCAGGACUGGGUGUGAGGCACAGAAUUAGAAGAGAUAGAGCGGGUAUUCGUCAUUUGUCUGGGACAAUUGUUGGUGUCGAAAUUUGUACUUAUGGUGCAGCGGGAAGAAGCUUUGACACAGUACUAAAGUCUAAGAAAGCUGAGGAUGAGUCACCGUUUUGGGCCCCGUUCAUUGUGAGGACUUUUAUUGCUCAUGUGAAAUAAUGCAAAAGUGGUAAAGACUGUGCCUGUGGAGCUACAGCGUACUUUCCCCUCUACUGGCCUUGAAGUUUUUCUCCUGUGCCUCCCUUUGUGCCUUCUAAAUGUCUGGAAAAAUACCUCUGUUUCUUACACUAAUCACAUUUAUUCCAUCAUAGCGUUAAAAGAAGACCCCUGUUCCUUAACAUAAUCACCUUUAUACUAUCACAGCAUUUAAAAAAUGAUGUGUCAGCAUCUACACGUGUCCUGGAAAAGACACGACACACUAGGAAUGUCCAUUUCUAUCCAUUCUAAUUGUACAGAGGGGGGACCGAUGAUUUAUUUGUAAAUGCAGACAAAGUCGAUAAUGCACAUACAUUUAUAUAGAAGCAGACACACUGUACAUAAACACAAACAUGAGUGCUUGUAGCUAUAGAAACAACUUAAACAAAUACACGCAUUAAUAUGAACAAGUCUAUUAUGCUUGACUACGGUGCUUCAACCAACCUUGACGUUUUUCUAUGUUUAGAACUGAUAAUUUGCACUUUUGAUUCUGUUUAUUGUCGUCUUUGUUUUUGCUGAGGUUGCUUCGCUGCAAAUAUUGUGUGUGUGUUAGUGCUUAUGAAACACACACACACACACA